AAACCGCUUUUCCGGAGUGGAGACCCCUCUCAGCUUUGGUGGCAAAGGGGCCAUGGAGCAUGGCUGGUGACGAGGCCAACCACAUCCGGGUGGCCGUGCGAUGCCGGCCCUUCAACCCCAAGGAGCACUCGGAGGGCACCAACAAUGCCCUCACCUGCGCGGGGAAUGAGGUCCAGGUAGUGGAGGCCACCCGGCUCCCCAAGUCCUUCAGCUAUGACCACGUCUUCACCAGCUCCGACACCCAGGAGGCGGUGUUCCAGGCAGUCGGGCUCCAUCUAUUGGACAACGCCAUGAACGCGUACAAUGGCUGCAUCUUCGCGUACGGACAGACUGGCUCGGGCAAGAGCCACUCGAUCAUGGGCGACGUUCACAACGAGGCGGAGCAGGGCAUCUUGCCCCGCGCCUGCGCGCGGCUUUUCAGCAUGCUGGAUGCUCGGCGCAAGGAGGAGGGCUUCGAGGCCACGGUGCUUGCGAGCUACCUGGAGAUCUACAACGAGAAGAUCUACGACCUCCUUGCUGGCGGCGACUCAGGGGAGCUGCAGGUGCGGAACCACCCAGAGCUGGGGCCCAUUGUGCCGCACCUCACCGAGUGCCCGGUUGAGAGCUUUGAAGAGGCCCACGAGUUGCUGGAUUUCGGCGCGAAGCGCCGGGCGGUGGGCGCCACUCAGAUGAACGCCACCUCCUCCAGGUCUCACGCAGUGUUCACUCUGCAGGUGCGCAUGGUCACGGCUCGAGCUGGGGGGCACGUGGAGAGCCAGGCCAAGACCCACUUCGUGGACCUAGCGGGAAGCGAGAGGCAGAAGAAGACUGGAGCUGCCGGGGAAAGGCUCAAGGAGGGCAUCGGCAUCAACCUCUCGCUGACCACCUUGGGCAGAGUCAUCUCCGAGUUGACGACCCCAGGGACCAGGUCAGUGCCGGCCUUCCGGGAAUCUAAGCUCACGCUCCUCCUGAAGGAUGCCUUGAUGGGCAACAGCCGGACGGAGCUCCUCGCCUGUGUCAGCCCAUCCCUUUUCAAUCUUGAGGAGACGGUGAGUACCCUGAAGUUCGCGGCUCGCAAGCUGGUGAAGACCAGCGCCAUCAAGAACGAGCAGAGCAAGGCGCCCACUGCCGCAGCUGGCGGGUAUGUGAGUCUUCGCAACAACCCCAGCGGAACAGUGAGCGGCUGGGAUGGCGAUCCCGGCCCUGCGGGGCAUCUCGUCUUCCAGGAGCGGGAAGGGCACUUCCUGAUCUCCACGGAGCAGUGGCCGAAGCACUUCUUUCGGCUCGUGAAGGACGACUUCAGCAGCUACCUGCACGUCGUAGGCAAGCGCGGGGAGCCCGGGAAGCCGGGGCAGUUCGUCCUGGAGGAGAUGCCUGGAUACCUGCUCAUCUCCUCCAAGCAGUGGCCUGAUUGGUUUUUGUUUCUCGAUGAGCUUGGUCGGCUACGAGCGGAGCCUGGAGAUCCCGGGAGCAAGGGACACUUCCUCCUGAACAAGAAGAUCCUUCAGGAGUCUGAUGGGCUGCCGCCCAUCAUUCAGACCAUGUACCUCAUCCAAAACAAGGACCGGGAGCAUGCCGCCGCCAUGUCGCUGCUCAGCAACCAGAAAGAGGAGGUGCGCGCACGGGAGGUGGCGGUGCUGCAGGCGCAGAUGACCUCAGAGAGGGCGGCCUCGGAAGCGCAUCUUCACGACACCAACCGAGAGCACGACGAGACCUGCGAGGAAUUGCACCGCCAGAUGGAGGAGGAGCGGCAGAAAGCCGCGGCCGUGCUCGCGGAGCGGGACCGGACCCAGGCAGAAGAAUUGGCGAGAAGAGAAGCCGAAUUCGCAGAGGCUCUGGCCGCGCUGAAUCGCCAAAUGGACGAGGAGCGCGCGGCAGCGGCCUUGGCACUGCGAACCGCUGAGCAGAGACGAGCUCGGGAGGUCGAAGCGCUCACGCAGCUCCACAAGGAUGAGCUCCGAGCGACGGUGGAAGAGAAGGACGGCCAGCUCCGUGCGGCGGUGGCGCAGCUGCGGCACGAGCUGACGGCGCAGCGAGAAGCGGAGGUGGCGGAACUGCAAAACCAGCUGGAGCAGGUGCGCAAAUCCGCGGCGAAAGUGUUGCUGGAGAAGGAGACGCUCUACAAUGUGGAGAUGCAGGCCUUGGUCUCCGCAAGAGAAAAGAUCUACCAGGAUCUGCUGCAGAAGAAGGAUGAGACCCAUCAGGCGGAGGUGGCCUUCAAAGAUGCCCAGCAUGCGGAAGCUCUGGAGCAGCUCUCCUCAGAGAAGGAUACCACCUGGGCCUUGGCAAUGUCAAAGUGUAUCGAGGAGAAGGACCAAGAGAGGAUGGAGAUCGUGAACGCCCUCACCAACCAUUUUCAGGCCGAGGACAAGAACAGCUUCAAGUUCGGGUUCUGGCGCGCGGACGCGGACAAGAAGAAGGUGAGCCCCGAGUCUGUGAUG